AUGUCGCGCUCGAGCGACGACGACGACGCCGACGCGUACGACGACGGCGAGGACGACGCGCUCGAGGACGCGGUGCGCGACCUGAUCGACGCCGACGUCGCGCACGCGAGCGCGACGGCGGCGCUGCGGCGAGCGCGGGACGCGCACGGGCUGGACGCGCGAGACGUCGCGCGGGGACGCGGGUGCGAGGAGGCGCACUACGACGUCGUGAAGUGGUUGAAUUACGUGCGCGCGGAGGCGGAGAAAAAGCGAGGGACGAUGACGAAGGAAGCGAUGGUUGAGGCGAUUCGAGCGGGGGCGAAGGCGCGGGCGUGGGACGACGACGCGUACCUGAAGCCGACGCUGGAGGACGACGGGGCGCUCUUCGGAUGGGAGGCGUACGUGGAGGGACGAGAGGAAGAGGAAGAGGAAGAGGAAGAGAACGAGGACGGGGAAGACGAGGACGGAACGCCGUCGAAGGAGGAAAUGGCGCGAAAGUUGCGAGUCGAGAACGAGGCGCUGAGGGUGCGAUUGUGUGAGGUGAUGACGGCGGCGGGGAUGGUGGACGAGGCGAGC